AUCGCCGAAACUAAGAAUUCGCCGGUGGAAGAGAGACAGAGGGAAUCGUUGCGUAAAAUUUUGAGUCGAAUGGGGAAGAAGAGGAAAAGAAGGGCUGAGGGUAAUGAUAGUAAUGACAGGCAGAAGAAAAACCCUCUACCCAAAGAAGACGAGCCCAAAAAAACUAGUAAUAACAAGUCAUAUAUACAGAUCCUAGGAAAUGGCAUGGAUACUCAAGAUACAUCACCCUCUAUCCUCCUCUUUUUGGACAAAUGGAGGUUUUUAUUUAACGCAGGAGAAGGAUUGCAACGCUUCUUGACAGAGCAUAAAAUUACAUUGUCACAGAUUGAUCACAUAUUUCUAUCACGUGUCUGCUCAGAAACUGUUGGUGGACUCCCAGGUCUCUUAUUGACUUUGGCUGGGAUGGGAAAAGACGGGAUGUCUGUAAAUGUUUCGGGUCCUCCAGAUCUUUAUCUAUUGGUUAAAGCAAUGGAAUCAUUCAUCCCAAAUUCUGCCAUGGGUUAUAUAGAUAGUGUUCUCCGUAAUGGAUCAGAUGAAGUUGCUAGUGCUUCUUCAAGGAAGUUUGAUCGUCUUUUUUCUCCCAUUACUGAUGGAGUUGUCAAACUAUCUGUUGUUCUCUUGCCACCACGUUGCUUGAAAGUGUGUGGCUCAAUGAAGGAAGGAUCCUCUGAGCCAAAUCCUCCACUAGUUAGUGGUAGUCAUUUAGCUGAAGACCUUCAAGCACAAUGGAUGAAUCUCACAGCUGAAGUGGCAUUAAAUCCUGGUGAGCUCUCGGUGAUUUAUAUUUGUGAGUUGCCGGAGAUCAAAGGGAAGUUCUAUCCAGAUAAGGCUGCUGCUCUCGGAGUGGAACCUGGGCCAAAAUAUGGUCAAUUGCAAAGAGGGAAUUCAGUGGUGUCAGAUCACCAAAAUAUCAUUGUUCACCCUUGUGAUGUUAUGGAGCCUUCCACUCACGGUCCUAUUGUGCUCCUUGUUGACUGUCCAACACUAUCUCAUCUGCAAGAGUUGUCAUCUUUGCAGUCUCUUAUUCCAUAUUACUCGAAUACAUCAGAACAACCUGUUGAAAUGUGCAAAAAAGUAAAUUGUUUGAUACACCUUAGCCCUGCGUCAGUAACAAGUACAACUGCGUAUGAGCAAUGGAUGACCAGAUUUGGUGAUGCCCAGCACAUAAUGGCACGACAUGAACCGAAGAAUAUUGAGAUUCCAAUUCUGAAAUCCAGUUCAAGAGUUACUGCAAGACUUAACUACUUGUGUCCUCAAUUAUUUCCUUCUCCUGGUUUUUGGUCUCUUCAGCAAUUGAAGAGCUUACGAUCAGUCUCAAAGUUCCCGAGGGAGUUGUCACUUCCAACUUCAUGUCAGAUCACUUAUGCAGAGAACCUGCUCAAGUUCCAUCUUCUUCCAUACAAAGAGCUUGGAUUAGACAAUUCUAAUGUUCCUGCUACUAUUUCUCGGACAGAAAUCUUAAAUGAGUUAACUUCGAAUAUACCAGAAAUUAUAAGUGCUUCUGAACAUAUUAGCCAACUCUGGCAUGGGAACAAUGGAAUAAUUGAAGAGCUACAGUUGCAUGAAACUCCAUUACCGAGCUGUUUGGAAGGUAUAACAAGAGAAGAUAUGGAGAUAGUUUUUCUCGGAACUGGUUCAUUGCAGCCUUCAAAAUACCGAAAUGUUAGUUCUAUAUUUAUUAAUCUUUUCUUAAAGGGGAGUAUUUUGUUAGAUUGUGGUGAAGGAACACUGGGACAACUAAAAAGAAGAUUUGGUGUUGAUGGUGCUGAUGAAGCGGUGAAGGGUUUAAAAUGUAUUUGGAUUUCUCAUAUUCAUGCAGAUCAUCAUGCGGGACUUGCAAGAAUCCUUGCUCUGAGACAUGAUUUGCUCAGUGGAACUCCCCACGAACCUUUAAUAGUUGUAGGUCCUCAGCAACUUGAGAUAUUUCUUGAUAGGUACCAAAUGCUCGAGGAACUAGAUAUGCAGUUCCUUGAUUGUAGGGAUACCACAGAAUCUUCAUGGGAGGCUUUUGAGUCAAAUGACGAUAAUGAUGCUAAUGGGAGCGCAAGCAGGCUAAAGAACAUGCUCAGACAAGCAGGAUUGAUGACUUUAAUUAGUGUUCCCGUUAUUCACUGUCCACAAGCUUAUGGAAUCGUCCUGAAGUUUGCUGAUAGGACUAAUGUUAUUGGGAAGAAGCUACCAGGUUGGAAGAUUGUUUACUCUGGUGACACAAGGCCUUGUCCAGAAUUGGUUAAAGCCUCUCAUGGGGCAACACUCCUCAUACAUGAGGCUACUUUUGAAGAUGGCAUGGUUGAAGAGGCUAUAGCAAAAAAUCACAGCACAAUGGGGGAAGCUGUUGAGGCAGGGGACGCUGCUGGAGCAUACCGCGUCAUCCUCACUCACUUCAGCCAAAGAUACCCUAAAAUUCCAGUAUUUGAUGAAACACACAUGCACAAAGCAUGCAUUGCUUUUGAUCUGAUGAGUGUUAACUUGGCUGAUCUGCCCAUGCUUCCUAGUGUUGUUCCAUAUCUUAAACUCUUAUUUCCUGAUGAAACGUCUAUCAAUGAAGCUGAUUGAAUAGCACUAUUUACGACAACCCUUGUUAAAAGCAUUUAUAUACAAGAGCGCCUUCACAGACUAUUAUUGGUUAUGGACUUGCGGUAUUGAAAUUUUGUUUAUCUA